UUUUUUUUUUUUUUUAUUCUUUCAGAAUCCCUCUCUCCUGGAUUCCUCAUUUUUAGAUGUUUAUUCCUCCAGUUAAUUGUUGGUUCAUUUGCCUAACUCUUUGAAUUUGAAACAUUUUUGCUUAUUUGAAUUUCAUCUUGUACCUUGACAAUGAUAUCUGAUGUGUUUCAAUUAUCUAAUCGUCAUACUUACUUAGAAAUAUCUAUGCUACCACUAGCCUAGCCAUACACAGAAUCUUUUUGGGGAGUUUAAUAGAAUAGACAACUGUGUGCUGUCUUCACUUAUCAUUGACUGUUGGUUAGGCUAGGUUUACAUCUUAGAGUUUUUUUCAUGUCUGCCCAGUGCCCAUUAAUUGCUAGGGAUAAUUCUGUGCUGGUUUUGAAGAUCAACAAGCUUUUUCGUGUUUCUACGUUGUAAUUUACAUUCACAUGAAUGUGCAUAAGCUGCAUCACAUUUAAAGUUUACCAAAUGGUACUAAGAGUGCUAGUGAAACUGACAAAUCUUUUGAAGGCUUGCUGUUAAAUGAUUGCAAUAAGAGUAAGAAUAUUACUAUGUUUUUGCUUAAUUUUAGCAAGAGAAUUAGACGACAAAACAACGAAAUUGUGAUUGUUCAUUGAUCCCUUGGAAGUGGCACACAAGGUAUCAUAAUUUUGUGGAAAAAGUUAUAAAAAGUCAUAUCAGCUAAAAGUGGUAUCCCAAUUAUUAACAAACGACUGAGUAACAAAAGUUUGAUGUGGAUAAGAACUCCUUGUGAUACGACACACAAGCGUUUGAAUAUAAGCGAUUGAGGUUUAUUUUCGUUUGGUCUUUCUAGUUUCUCUUAAGGCAUCCACUAUGAUUUGAUUGUUGAGCAGAAUGAUCGCUCUAGCAUAUAAUUCACUCGUAGCACACUAAUUAUGCUGAAAUGCCCUUAUAUAGUUAUCCUUAACACCUUGUUAUUUUUGUCCUUAUAUAGUUAUCCUUAACACCUUAUUAUUUUUGGUCUUGUCUUGGCUGCCUCAAAGCAUCAUUUAGUACCAUUGGAUAAAUUGAACUUUUUCCUGCCAAAACAACUAUUAGUUGAAUUCUCCUAUUAUAUGUAGUUAGUUCUAUGCAAGAAAGACAUGAAUUUGAUUCUAAUCCAGUGAGUUUAGAAGAGAGAUUAAUGCUGAAUUUUUCUUCGAAUGUGGUGUGGGUGUUGUGUGGUAUCAUUGGGAUUUUGGAGGGGGAGCAAGAAGGGACCAGGACAUGGAAACUUUUAACUAUGAAGGGACACAUAUUGCUAGAAUCUGCUGGGUAAUCAACUGUCAUGCCAAGCUUCCUACAUGAGAAAUGCUCUAUUCAAUCAGGGAUAUCUCGAUGAUCAAUUCCUUCAAUUGGAAGAUUUGCAAGAUGAAGCUAACCCUAACUUUGUGGAAGAAGUGGUCAAGCUAUUUUACUCGGACUCAGCCCGCCUUAUUCGAAACAUAGAACUGACACUAGAAAAUACUCCCUGGGACUUCGAGAAACUGGAUAAUAUCAUGCAUCAGUAUAAGGGUAGCAGCUCUAGCAUUGGUGCCAAAAAGGUGAAGAAGGAAUGUACACAAUUUCAAGAAUACUGCAAAGUUGAGAACAUUGAUGGGUGCAUGAGAACAUUCCAAGAGGUAAAACAAGAACAUGCAUCUCUGAAGAGGAAGCUUGAGAACUAUUUUCAGCUUGUAAGAGAAGCUCGAUAACUUGCUGGAGGAACGACAUUACGAAGAUGGUGAUGCCAAAUAAGUGAAUGACUGUUACUAGUAGAAUGGAAAACUUUUGACUAAAUAAGAGAAUGUUGCUUUCUGUUGAAUGAAAUAACUUUUGACUAGUCCUAUACGGAUGAUCAGUUUCCGUACA